UUUUGGCCUUCAUCUUUAGUUGCAACUUCAGUCUCCAACUAAAGCACUUCCCAUUUUCUACUUUCAUUUUUUUCAGUUCUCAUUCACUUUCUCUCGAAUAAUUAUUCUCCUUCACUUUUUUUCUUUAUCAAGACAACACAGUAAUAAGCCAAACAAAAUGCUUCCUUUUCAAACCUAUCAUAUAACUAACCACCACAACGGCCAGUUUCUUACAGAACCGUGCUUGGUCAACGUAAUGGACGGUGGAGCAUCAACCAUCACCACCUCAUCCGAGAAGAAAUCAACGGAGCUGGAUCAGCCAUGCAGCAGCAGCAGUACCAAGACUACACAUAAAGAAGCCGAACGAAGACGCCGACAACGUAUUAACAACCACCUCUCCACUCUCCGUACUCUCCUCCCUAACUCCGCUGCCAAGACGGACAAAGCGUCGUUGUUAGCGGAGGUCGUGCGUCACGUAAAAGAGCUACGAAACAAAGCCACCGCCGCUCUUGUCGCCGGAGGAACCGAGAAAUACUCUAUGUUUCCGGGAGAAUUGGACGAGGCGAGUUUGAGUUACUGUGAAGGCGAUGAUGAAUUAGCUAUGAAAACAAUGAGGGUGAGUGUUUGUUGUGAUGAUAGACCCGGUUUGAACCGGGAUUUAUCUCAGGCUAUUAAGUCGGUUCGGGCUAGAGCUGUUCAGGCUGAAAUGAUGACGAUUGGUGGACGGACUAAGAGCGUGGUGGUGGUGAAAUGGGGUAACGGCGGUGGCGGUGGAGAGGAGGACUUUGGAGUUUUGAGAAGGGCUUUGAGGAGUGUUGUGGAUAAUAGAGUUGCAGGGCCUGGGCUGGGCCAGGUGGCCCUUAGUAAUAAACGGGUUCGGGGUUAUGGUUGGGCUGGUGGCGACGGUUAUGAUGAGUUCUGAAUUUAGAAACGAUCGUUUGGUUUAAUGACACGUGUUGGCCUCAUGUGUAUAUUCUAUUGCUGUUUAAUGGAAGUGAUUUUUUUU